ACAGGGCGGCGAACGAGAUAAGACUUUCUCUGAGCGAUCCGAGUCGUGCACAGGGCACUGGACUGCAAGGCAAGAGGAUGGCGACAUGGCCAAACCAAGCAGCAAGGCUCUUGACUUGCCUCUUCACUGUUUACCGGGAGGUUUCGACGUUCAAAGGAGAAGGAGACUGUUUGGAUUACUCGUGUAUAGGCAGCUACUGCACCUGCAUUGAAUGGGCAAUGCCUGGCUGGUCCAUAGGUCUCGUCACGGUCAUUGGGAUUGGCGUGGGCGUGGGCUGCCUGACGGUGCUUUUUAAGUGCUGCUGCGCAAUUUGCAAGGACCCGGAGGAGACCGACCGAGAAGAAGUGGCAAUACACAUGCCCACCUUGCCGCCUGCCUUCACCCCACCUGUGCCCACAGCUCCUCCAGAGCAAGAGAGCAUGGAUCCUCCUCCCUACAGUGAGGUUGCUUGGAAGCUACCCUGUUACCCAACUCCUGAGGGACAGCCGCCUGCUUAUGACAACAUAGCUCUGCAUAUCUCCGAGCCUCCUGCAUACAUAACCGAAAGAUGACAGCUGAAGAGCGCCGUGUUUCUGCUGCUAUUACAACCAAAACUGUGAGAAGAACAUAAAAAUAAUAAUAAUGGGUGGAUCGAUCGAGGCUCGCAUUCCCUUCCCAGUCUGCAAGGUGUCCUUAUAUGAAGCACAAAAGCGGGGAAUAUAGAUGACGGCCUUUCCCUUCCACGAACAUUUGGUAUUCACAGAUAUACUGCCUCAUGAAGGUUCCAUUAGGCAUUAUGCCUAAUAGUUGUUGACAGAUCUGUGCUUUAUUAUUACUUUGCCUAAUCCCUGAUAAAAAUCU